CAAGUUUCUGCAUCCGCUUCCGGCACGUUGGUCUAUGUGCUUUGACAGGAGGAUGGACGGGCUGGCGGCUCAGUGCUCCGCGCGACUCUUGCAGCAGGAAAAGGACAUCAAGUCUCUGACUGCUGAAAUCGAAGCGUUGAAAAACGGAGGCUGUUUAGAAGUUUCUUCAAAUUUGGAACAGUUGCGAGAAGAGAAUUUAAAAUUAAAGUACCGGCUGAACAUCCUUCGGAAGAGUCUCCAAGCAGAAAGGAACAGACCAACCAAAAACAUGAUCAACAUCAACAGACGCCUACAAGAGAUCUUUGGCUGUGCCAUUAAGUCUGCAUAUCCAGAUUUGGAAAACCCACCCCUGCUCGUGACACCAAGUCAGCAGCCCAAGUUUGGGGACUAUCAAUGUAACAGUGCUAUGAGUAUUUCUCAGAUGUUCAAAGCCAAGGAACAAAAAGUUAACCCAAGAGAAAUUGCUGAAAACAUCACCAAACACCUCCCAGGCAAUGACUGCAUUGAAAAAGUUGAAAUUGCUGGUCCUGGUUUUAUUAAUAUUCACUUGAAAAAGAACUUUGUCUCAGAGCAGUUGACCAAUCUUCUGGUGAAUGGCGUUCAUAUCUCUGCUCUUGGAAAAAAUAAAAAGGUUAUAGUUGACUUUUCUUCUCCCAACAUCGCAAAAGAGAUGCAUGUCGGCCAUCUCAGAUCCACCAUCAUUGGAGAGAGUGUGUGCCGCCUCUUUGAGUUUGCUGGUUAUGAUGUGCUGAGGUUGAACCAUGUAGGAGAUUGGGGCACCCAGUUUGGAAUGCUUAUUGCUCACCUGCAAGAUAAAUUUCCUGAUUACCUAACAGUGUCGCCUCCUAUUGGGGAUCUUCAGGCCUUUUAUAAGGAAUCCAAGAAGAGGUUUGAUACUGAAGAAGAGUUUAAGAAGCGAGCAUAUCAGUGUGUAGUUAUGCUCCAGAGUAAAGAUCCAGAUAUCAUAAAAGCUUGGAACCUUAUAUGUGAUGUCUCCCGCCAAGAGUUUAAUAAAAUCUACAAUGCUUUGGACAUUUCGUUAAUAGAGAGGGGAGAGUCUUUCUAUCAAGACAGGAUGAAUGAUAUUGUAAAGGAAUUUGAAGAUAAAGGGUUUGUUCAAGUGGAUGAUGGCAGAAAGAUUGUGUUUGUCCCAGGAUCUUCUGUACCAUUAACUAUAGUAAAAUCAGAUGGGGGUUAUACUUAUGAUACAUCUGACCUGGCAGCUAUUAAACAAAGACUAUUUGAGGAAAAAGCAGAUAAGGUUAUCUAUGUGGUGGACAGUGGACAGGCUCUGCACUUCCAAACAAUAUUUAGUGCUGCUCAGAUGAUGGGAUGGUAUGACCCUAACAUAACUCGGGUAUUUCAUGCUGGAUUUGGUGUGGUGCUGGGGGAAGACAAGAAGAAGUUUAAAACUCGUUCCGGUGAAACUGUGCGCCUAAUAGAUCUUCUGGAAGAAGGGCUAAAACGAUCCAUGGACAAAUUAAAGGAAAAAGAAAGAGACAAGGUCUUGACUGCAGAGGAGCUGAAAGCCGCUCAGACGUCAGUUGCAUAUGGCUGUAUUAAAUAUGCCGACCUUUCCCAUAACCGACUAAAUGACUACAUCUUCUCUUUUGACAAAAUGCUGGACGAUAGAGGAAACACGGCUGCUUACCUGUUGUACGCUUUCACCAGAAUCAGGUCUAUCGCACGCCUGGCCAACGUAGAUGAAGAGAUGCUCCGGAAAGCUGCUCAGGACACCAAGAUCAUUUUGGACCACGAGAAGGAAUGGAAACUCGGCCGGUGCAUUUUACGCUUCCCCGAGAUUCUGCACAAGAUUUUAGAUGACUUAUUUCUCCAUACGCUUUGUGAUUACAUCUAUGAGCUGGCAACUACUUUCACAGAGUUCUAUGAUAGCUGCUAUUGUGUGGAAAAAGAUCGAGAGACUGGGAAAGUGCUGAAGGUGAAUGUGUGGCGAUUGCUGCUAUGUGAAGCAGUGGCUGCUGUCAUGGCAAAGGCCUUUGAUAUCCUGGGAAUAAAACCUGUCCAAAGAAUGUGACCCUUCGGUUUGAAACACUCUUUGAACCAAAGUGGCUAUUAGCACUGUUGGCAUUUUUUUUUUACGAUCAUGUGGACUAAAAAUAAAAA